GUUUGGGAGUUUGGGAAACUUUCCUCCGUGGAGCACAUCGUAUGAAUUGAAUUAGCAACUCACUGGCGCGGUCAUGGCGGUGUAGUUUAGAGUGGAGCAGAGUGAAUAUGAGGGGUGUUGAGAGAAAGAUGCGACUGGAGUGUUUGAAAUAGUGGAUAUUUUGGCUCUUUGCAAGUUGGUGCUUGCUCUGCUGAAAGAAGAAUGGACCAGAUAAAGGAGGAAUUGAUCAAGGCUGAUCCCUUGAGCACGUGGUGGCCGUACAUUGCGGCACUUGUGGUUGGCAUAAUUGUGACGGUGAGGGCCAUCAUGGGUGGACAGAGGUGUCCAUCUGAGAACAAAAUUGACGGUCUCGUGGUCGUGAUGACGGGCGGCACGGGUGGAAUUGGCUGGGAGGUGUGCAAAGAGUUGUGUGCAAGGUCAGGACAUGUGAUAUUGGCGGUGAGAAACAUGGAAAAGGCGGAGAAGAUGAUUAUGUCACUGAAGAAGGUGCAACCAAAUGCUAAAAUUGAGGCAAACUACAUGGAUCUCAAGUCCUUCGACUGUGUUCGUCGCUUCGUGAAGACACUCGAGACCAAAUGCAGCCACAUUGAUAUUUUGAUAAAUAAUGCUGGUCUAAUGUUUCACCCAUAUGAAUUAACCGCUGAUGGUUUUGAGAUGCAUUUGCAGUGCAAUUAUCUGGGUCACUUCCUUCUCACUAUGCUCACGUUGCCGCUGCUGCAGAAGUCACGACAGGGACGAAUUGUGAAUGUGUCAGCACAUGCCCACACAACGGCGAAGAUGGAUUAUGAGGAUCCGCUGAACAUCGGUCCGUGGGCUGCGGCGUAUCAUCCACGAGAUGCUUUUGCACAUGCAAAGCUCGCGAGCAUCCUCACGACGCGCUACUUAGCCACGCGUGUUCUGCACACCACCAAUGUCACGGCGAAUUCACUUACACCUGGCCUUGUGCGUGGAACAGGACACCUCGACAGCUCACCCAUCAUGAGGGCAAUUUGUGCCAAAGUCAUCACAUAUCCGUGGAUGUGGCUGUUUAUGAAGACACCUUCCCAGGGGGCACAGACAGCCAUCUAUUUGGCAACAGAGCCGAAACUUAAGGCAGUUUCUGGGAAAUUUUUCAAUGAUUGUGAAAUUGUGGAAUCGUCUGAAUUGAGUCGGGAUGAUAAAUUGGCGGAGAAGCUCGUGAAGGAGAGUCUGAAAGCCGUAAAAAUUGAAAAAAACUAAAGCUAUAAAGGGAAGAUCACAAUGAAGUAUGGAUUUUUAUAU